AUGACCUCCUUCUACAGCACCUCCUCAUGCCCUCUGGGUUGCACCAUGGCUCCUGGAGCAAGAAAUGUCUCUGUCUCUCCUAUCGAUGUUGGGUGCCAGCCCGGGGCAGAGGCCAAUGCUGCCUCCAUGUGCCUCUUGGCCAACGUGGCACACGCCAACAGAGUCCGUGUGGGGUCGACUCCCCUGGGCCGCCCCAGCCUCUGUCUGCCCCCAACCUGUCACACUGCUUGUCCCUUGCCAGGGACCUGUCACAUUCCCGGCAACAUCGGAAUCUGUGGGGCCUACGGCAAAAACACCCUGAAUGGCCAUGAGAAGGAGACCAUGCAGUUCCUGAAUGACCGCCUGGCCAACUACCUGGAGAAGGUGCGCCAGCUGGAGCAGGAGAAUGCAGAGCUGGAGACCACACUCCUCGAGAGGAGCAAGUGCCACGAGUCCACCGUGUGCCCUGACUACCAGUCCUACUUCCGUACAAUCGAGGAGCUCCAGCAGAAGAUCUUGUGCAGCAAGGCUGAGAAUGCCAGGCUGAUUGUACAAAUUGACAACGCGAAGCUGGCUGCCGAUGACUUUAGGAUCAAGCUGGAGAGUGAGCGCUCCCUGCGCCAGCUGGUGGAGGCGGACAAGUGCGGGACGCAGAAGCUCCUGGAUGACGCGACCCUGGCCAAGGCCGACCUGGAGGCCCAGCAGGAGUCCCUGAAGGAGGAGCACCUCUCCCUCAAGAGCAACCACGAGCAGGAAGUAAAGAUUCUGAGGAGUCAGCUGGGGGAGAAGUUCCGGAUCGAGCUGGACAUUGAGCCCACCAUUGACCUGAACAGGGUGUUGGGGGAGAUGCGGGCUCAGUACGAGGCCAUGGUGGAGACCAACCGCCAGGAUGUGGAACAGUGGUUCCAAGCCCAGUCUGAAGGCAUCAGCCUGCAGGCCAUGUCCUGCUCCGAGGAGCUGCAGUGCUGCCAGUCGGAGAUCCUGGAGCUGAGAUGCACGGUGAAUGCCCUGGAGGUGGAGCGCCAAGCUCAGCACACCUUGAAGGAUUGUCUGCAGAACUCCCUGUGUGAAGCCGAGGACCGCUAUGGCACAGAGCUGGCCCAGAUGCAGAGCCUCAUUAGCAACUUGGAAGAGCAGUUGUCCGAGAUCCGGGCCGACCUGGAGCGGCAGAACCAGGAGUAUCAGGUGCUGCUGGACGUGAAGGCCCGGUUGGAGAACGAGAUUGCCACAUACCGGAACCUUCUGGAGAGCGAGGACUGCAAACUCCCCUGCAAUCCCUGUUCCACGCCUGCCUCCUGUACUUCUUGUCCAAGCUGUGGCCCUGUCACUGGUGGGUCUCCCUCUGGCUAUGGAGCCAGCACGGGGAGAUGA